UUGACACAAACUACCCGACCACCUUGCUGCGAAGAUCAACCACCUUAUUUUUAUUCUCUGUGUCACGGGACAAUGUCAUGGUCGAUCUAAGGCCAUUGUAAAAUAUAUAUAGACAUAUACAUAUAUAUAUAUAUACAUUUUUUUUUUGUUUAAGUUUUUAAUUUUUAUGUGAUGUGAAAUUAAAUCUCUUACUCUGUGAACUUGUGAAUUUUAUUUUUUUUUAAACUAUGAAAUUAGGAAUUUAUUUCCUUAUGGACUUUUAAAUUGUGAAAAAAGUCAGAAUGCCGAUAAAAAAAUGUUUCUAUCGUUACUCGUGCUUACGACCUGCUUACAAAUUAUCACCGUAUCAGGACAAGAAAUUUCCGUUGUACGACAUAUUGAUGGCGAUAUUUUUACAGUUGAAGGUUCUUGUGCGACUGCGUGCACAGUUGUCAGUAGCGCAACAGCAAAUCCAUACAAACGGCAAAUAUCUCAGGUAUCUGAUGGCAUUAAUUCAUCAUCAUUAACAUCAUCAGUAACAACAGUAACCACAAACAUCACUUGUGUCUGUCAAUGCAAAUCAGAACUGCCCCUUUUUCGUGAGGACUUAAAUAUUUGCGUGAGCGAUAUUCACGAAUGCAGAGUCACAGGUUUUAUCAGCAAUACCGGUGUAGUGGAAAAAAUUCCUUACGUAUUUUUACCUCAGCGCGGACAGAUAAUUUAUCCUCAAGCAGAAAUUCAAUUUCAGGGUGUUACGACUCCAGUAUGUGGUAUCGCUGGUGCUCAGCAACUUGGUAAAUCAGCUUGGUCGGAAUUCAGAAAUUUAUCAAGUACGGAAUCGCCGUUUCGUCUUUUUAAAGAUCAAAACAGAACAUUUUUACAGUGGAUUGGUGAAGGCGGGUUAAGAGAGUCAGCAGAAGGUAAAUUAAUUGCGAUUAAAUUAGUUUGCAGAGAUGCUUCACCAAAUUCAACUAAUCCAGGUGUUUUUACACCUUGCGUCGCGUUUAGAGUAGCGGGUUCACCAUCAAAAAGUAAUAUUCGAGAAGUCUCAUUUAUCUCGACCGGACAAUCAAAUCAAGGUCUCUCAACAGCAGAAUAUAUCGCAAUAGGAAUUUCUACACUUCUUUUAGCCUUAAUAUACAUCGCAAGUGUAUCUCUUUACUUGCAUAGCCGUAAAUCACGUCGAAAAAGAAAUGCCUUGGAUCCGGAACUCACAAUCCCCAAUCGCGAAGCCACCGGAUUAAUUAAAAAUAAUCCUCUAUUAAAUCGGCACUUCGAAAGCGACAGCAACAGCCUUCAUAGUGAAACGAGUGAUCCCGUUGGCGAAGAGUACAAUCCAGUUGAUACCGAUACUGGGUUUGAGAAAGUUACAUCCGCGGUAAUACAUCCGCAUAUGAUGUUCAUUGAACAAACUAACGAGUCAGUAAUUGGUUCAUCAUCCUCGUCAUCGAUAAUCGCUGAACGUUUACCUGAAGAAGAUGUGCGAAUUGUAGAGACAGCUGAUACUCUCAAUCAAUUUCAGCAACAAUUUCAUCAUCAGCAACUUGAUAUGGCCGUAUUACCCGGUAUUCAACGUAGGAAAUUAUAUUUCAAUCCAGCUUACUUCGAUCGACAAUUACUUUUGGCUCCACCGCCCGCAGCCAUCGAAUUUAUCCUCAAAAUCCGUGAAGUAAUAUCCAUAGCGAAGCAUAAAUUGACAGCAAAACGUUUCAUACCAACACUUAGUAAAAUUCCAGAAGAAGACGGUACCAAUUCAGAUAAAUGUAGUACUUCAAAUAAACGCGCGGCUUCAUCGAUACAAAGUUCAGUAACAAAAUCACGGAAAUCACAAAAAUGUACUGGAUGUCCCGGUUGUCUAGAUACUCGACACAAAUCUAACAACAAUAACAAUAAUUUACCAUUACUCAAUUUACCUGAUGACAAUUUACGUCCAGUCGCUGGUGACAGCCGCGUACGUGCGUGGUUAGAGGACAUUAAGCCGCCAUCAGAGUCGCGGCGUAAAUCACUUGACUCAAAUAAUAAUAAUCAUAGUCAUUAUAAUCACAAUAGUUAUAAUAAAAACCAAUUGCUGCACGACAACACGCGUGUGUUUACCCGUAGCUUAGAAUAUUUAAACGACAUACCGAGGCACAAUACCAGCAACAGAAAUUCAUUAGCGACAUGGAAAGACCCGCCAAUGCUGCGUACUUUUCAAAAUAUUGCGCUCAGUGAAUGUGAUGAUGACCAAAAUAGCCAGCACAGUAUAUCAAAACGCUCAACAAAAUCAAUGUUCGAAGACACUAAUUACGAUCGGUACUGUCGCACACGCAAAUGCACUCUAUUCGACAAGAAAAUAAAAACAAUAAACGAAGUUGACAAUACGAUAAACGACAAGGUUAGAAAAGCUAUUGAAAAUUCAUUUAUAAAACAAAUGGAAGAAAAUGCAGCAAUGGAGAGUCAAAUUGAGCAAAAUAAAAUAAAUAAUGAAAGACGUUUUUCACCUGACGGUAGUUCUGAAAAAACUAAUUUCGAGUCAUUUAAUUCGUAUAAUAAAUCAUCGGAUAGUGGAGACAAAUGUUCAGUUAAUUCUACAUCAUUGUCACCAUCUACGGGUCAAUUAUUGCCGGAUAUGAUCAACGAACUACCAAAUUCAAAAUUACAAGCUAAAAAAAUAAUGGACGCUGUUAUUAAAGAAAUGGUUGAUGUUAAAUUGGACAAUCAUAACAAUAAAUUGGAACGAAAGUUUUUGGAUAUCGAUUAUGAGGUCGAUAGUCUUGAGAGAACUCAAAAACGUCAAUUGGAAUCAAAUUUAUUGAAUAAGCAGUUGAAGUUAAAUAGCGAUAAUAAUUUUAAAAGACAAAUUAAUGACAAUAAUGAUGAUAAGGAUAAUAAUAAUAAUAAUGAUAAUAACAACAAUAAUAAUAAUAAUAGUAAUAAUGACAAUGAGGUGCUACGUAAAAAUUAUUACAAUAAUUUACCCGAGUUGAUAUCACGCAAUGAAGGCUACUCAUUAGUAAGUGAAGUUUAUGUCAAUGAUGGCUAUGCUAGUCCGGCAAAUAGCGAUGACUCUGGACCGGAAAUAAGUUAUGAGCCCGAACAACCAGGACAUUUAACAAUAAAAGUUCAAGAUUCGCCGGACAAUUAUGUUAAAUAUGACGAAUCUGAGUACGAACCCGAUACAUUGGAUCGGAAGCCAAUGAAAUUAAAAAUAAACGGCGACGUUAUUUAUGAUAACAAAGAAAUAAAUAAUGAAAUUUAUGUCGAUUCACUGGAACGGCCUUCUCAAAUUUUGUUGCGUAGCAAAGGAAGUUUUCGGGACGAGUCUAAUUUAGAUAAUAAUAAUAAUAGUAAUUGUAAUAGCAGUAAUUCAUUGAAUCGUGGAUACGGAAGUCUGAGAGAAAUUUAUGAAGCUAGACUACGUUUGGCUGUUGACGAUAAUUUAGUUAAUACUAGUUCAUUGAAUAGCCAGAAUUCGUGUAAAAAUAAGAAGUAUUUAACCCCGGAUUUGAGACAGGCGAGAAGACAGCGCAAGCAAAAUCAACCGGAUGUUGUACCGCUGCCGCCUGAAGAAGUGGCGCAGGCAAAAUCAUUAGAAAUAGUUUGUAAUGGUGGUAAAAAAUUAAUAGAUUGUUCAAAAAACGUUUUGGACAGGAGUUUGACUGAUACGGGUAACCCUACGGCCAGUGGAUGUUCUCCUGUCGUAAAUAAUGACAAUUACGUAGGGACGAAAGAUAAAUACCGGCGUGAUCUGGCAAGAGGAUUGGGAGUGAAAAAGAAUUUUAAAAAUUUUACGGGUAAAGUUGAGGAUAGCGGUUAUUUAAGUAGUACAGACAGUAAUGGAUCUAAUAAACAAUUGUUGAAGUAUGAGUUCGGCAGCGUCUCAGAGACGGAUGAAAACGAGUCAAUUUGUGACGGCGCCGAGAGUGAAAGUGGCGCUGAAAGUGUCGAUACUGACAGUGUGUUCUUUGGUAAUUUUCGUAAAUUGAAUAGUAAUCAGUGUAAAAGUUAUGACUCGGGCGUUGAUUUUACGAACUGUACUAAAAAUAAUAAUUUCUCUAUCAAUGGAUUUGAAGGGCAUAAUUUUAAUAAUAGUGAUAGUGAAAAUGAAAGUUUUGUAACUGUUUUACCUCAAGGAGGUAGAAAUAGUUUAGUACUUUAAUUUGUUUAUUAUUAAGAUCAUUUGUAGUCAAAAGAAAUAUCAAAUAUCGAAAUUUUUUAAAUAGGAUCGGCUACAAAAAAAAUUAAUUUUUAAGUCUAAAGAAAUGGCAGCAAAGUGGGCUUCCAGAUUUUUUUUUUAAAUUGUACAUAUGGGAAACAUAGACGUUAAGGGGUAAUUAGGGCUAUACUAAAUUCUUAGCAAAAAAUUUGACAAUUUUUAAUUAAAAAUAAAUGUAAAAAAUUUUUUUCUCAUUGAGUGUCAAUUUUUUGCAAAUUAAUUUCUAAUAAAAUUAAAUAAGAGCCCGCGUAUUUUUAAAUAAAUUGAAUUAAUUAAUGAUUUUAAAUUAAGACUAAAAAAGUGGGAUCAAAUUUGAUAUUUGAAUCCUAGCCUACUUUAGUAACUUUUUUUUUAGUUAAUUUUUUUUCUUAAUAGGUCAGAAAAAAAAUUUAUUUACAAGUUCGUUAACCGGGUACUAAUUUAUUAACAUUUAAUUAAAUAAAUAUUAAACUUUAAGUUAAUUAAUAAUUUAAUUUUAAUAAUUAGACACUUGAAUAUGUCUUAAG